AUGUAUGAGGCGAGCAAGCGCCGUCCCGAGCGGGCAGGUCAGAGUUCACUGUUUGACGAUCUGUCAUUUCAGAUCAUUCAUGCGAUCUACUUGCUAGAACGCAUACUACAGAACUUUCGGACUCGAUCAGUGAACUUCGGUAUCGUUUUCUUCAAUGUCAACCGACACCUAGUACUGCGAGCGGGCGAGUCAGAGUUUACUAUUGCAUCUCGAGCCCUGGCCAGGAGACUCUUAUACAAGCAUCUCCAGUCGCUGGAUUUGGUGAAUAUCCUCACCUUCGCAAGUCUGUCCAACGAAAAUUGGAUCAAUUAUCGUGUUCAAACCAAGCCAAUGUUUGCCAUGGUCAAUGACGGCGGUACACUGAAGGAAGGAGUUGGGGGACAAUUCGCUGCCCAUCAAAUACUUGCUCAACGAUUAUUCAUCUUCGAUUUGCUGGCUAGUGGCUUAGCAAUGGCGCCACUUCAGGGUGCUGAUUUCAGAGACACCAAGAUCGUUUUUGAAUCAAAACCUCGCUUAGGCCAUCAAGGGCAUUUCCCCAAGGCUGUCCUAUCUGCGGGUGUCGCUGCCAGGGACGUUCUUGCUACGUCCCUGUCUUUCUUCGACCUCCAAACAUUGUCUCCUGGAUCAAGGGGUCUCAUUCAAUUCGUAUUCUCGUCUGGGCAGUUGUGUUGGCGUGUCACCACAAUCGCUCGAAAUUUUGCAGAAGCGAACUCUCCUAGUAUCGCUUCGACCAAGAAGCCGCUGCCAUACUUAUGGCAAGGAUAG